CCUGCUGACUUUUUUUCUCAUACUGGUGGAGCUGCUGAGUCUGAGAGAGACAGAGGAGAUUCGCACUCCAGGAGGAAACAUCCCGCAACUCUCAGGCAUUUUCUGCUUCCGGACAGUCACCAUUGUGCUGAUGGUCAUACCAGUUCAGCAUGGCUUCCAAGAUAUCUAGAAUCGGCCAAAUGGGACAUCUGACCACCGCUGUCCUUCUUCUCUUGUAUGUGGGCUUAUCCCUGGCUCAACAAGACUGCACAGGCGUCGUGUGUGAGCCCCCGGUGAACUGCAAUGAAGAAGUGCUCGAGGAGGGUUCUUGUUGCCCGAAAUGCGCGCAGUUCGGAUGCACCUGCGAGGGCUACCAGUUUUACGACUGCGUGAAUGUUGGCUUCAAAGACGGCAAAGUGCCCGAAGGAGAGUCCUACUUUGUCGAUUUCGGAAGCACAGAGUGUUCCUGCCCACCCGGCGGCGGUAGGAUUAGCUGCGACUUUAUCCCUUGCCCCGAGCUGCCCCCAAAUUGCAUUGACGUCAUUCAGCCAGCAGAUGCUUGUAUUCAGUGUGGGCGAAUCGGGUGCAUUCAUGGAGGAGAAAAGUACGAGGCCGGCCACACCUUUCACAUGUCGGAGUGCAAGGUUUGCCACUGUCCCAAUACCGGAGGAGAACUCAUGUGCUACACUCUUCCCCAAUGCAUCUCAGAUGGCGACAACAGCACCCAACCCAUGGACAUGACUGAAAGCGACCCCGAGAGACAAUAUGACUACCCCUACAGUCAUGAACAAGAGGAGCCCAUCAACAGAGAGGUCAUGGAAAGGAACAACAACUACAAAAGGAACGCCCUGCAAGUUCGCUCCAUGGCGGAUUAUGGCGACAAUAUUGAUGAACUUAAUGUUGAACCUUCACCUACACCCACUUUACCCCCCAUGUUGGUGGAGCUGACAACGGUGAAUGAGCUCCAUCUCUCCACCCAACCUGAAAGAACCACCCUCAACGUCCAGACUACCCAGAUAACCAGCACUCCGGCACCAAGCACACCCAAGGCCACCACUGCGAAAGUCUUACCCGAGACCACGGCUCGGCCAACCCAGAAGGAGCUUCAAGAGCCGACAAGCCCAACUCCGACAACCGUAGGACAUCCAACAACGCCAAGCAUGGCCCCGACUUUGGUGAAGACUACCGCAAAAGGAGAGACUCUGAAAACAGAUCCACAAAUAAACAUCACCGGGGACCUGAGUCCAUCGGAAAAUAAAACUGAUUCCCCCAAAGAGGAGGAAGAAGGAACCGUGCUCCCCGAAACCGAGAAACCAACAACGGCGUCUGUCCUUCUCAGCCCGAGUCCCUCCAUGGGGCCACAAGUCCUGCUUCCCAAAUUGCUGAGCGAAGACGGGGCUCCAAAAGACGUUUUCAAUCAUUCGAGAGCACACGACGGUUCAUCGAAGGAUCUGGUGGAGUCGUGCUGCGCCGCCGGUCAGCAAUGGUCCAUCGACCACGGAGAAUGCGAGAACAUGGCGCUCGAUGCUUCCGAGGACUGCCGGCUGGCACAGAAGCAAUGCUGCCUCUCCUACAUCAAGGAGAACACCUGCAUCGCCGGGAUGAUCACCGCCAAGGAAGGCGGGAUCUGCUUAGCAAUGGAGAACGAUCCUUGUGAACGAUCGCACUUUAAGCUGUGCUGCGAUUGCUGCUCCCUGGGGCUGAAGAUCAGGAAGGAGGGUGACUCCUGCGAGUCCAACCUGAACCUGGGCUACCCCUGUAACCAUAUGAUGAUCCUCUGCUGCAACGGAGAAGAGCAGCUCAUCCCACCGGAUAUAAAGAUCCCACCAAAACCGGAACCAACACCAAAACCGGAACCAACACCAAAGCCAGACAAGGAUGUGGAUGAAUGCGCUCUGAACACUCACAGUUGCGCUCAAAGCGAACGCUGCGUCAACACGGUUGGAUCCUUCAUUUGUGUCCCGGAGGUGAUGUGCCAGCCCGGGUUCUUGUUGGAGGAGGGAGUGUGCCAAGAUAUAAACGAAUGUGUGAGAAGCCCCGCCCCCUGCAAGCCCGGCUUCACUUGCGUCAACACCCUGGGAUCGUACGUGUGUCAGAGGAAACACCUCAACUGCAACCGCGGGUACCGACCCAACGAGAACAGCACCAUGUGCAUCGAUUUUGAUGAGUGCAGCGCUGGGAUCCACAAUUGUUCCGCCGAACAGACCUGCAGCAACAUACCCGGAUCAUAUCGCUGUAACUGCAAGGCUGGCUAUCGCUACGACACAUUCAGGAAGACGUGUAUCGAUAUAAAUGAAUGUUGGACCUUCCCGGGGCGCCUGUGUCACCACACCUGCGAGAACACGGUCGGCUCUUAUCGCUGUUCUUGUUUUGCGGGAUUCCGCUUGUCCCAGGAUGGGAGACACUGCGAAGACGUGAACGAGUGCGAUCAGAACCCGUGCAACCAGGAGUGCACCAACAUUUACGGCUCCUACCAAUGCUACUGCAAGGAGGGCUACAAGCUGGGCGACGACGGACUCUCCUGCGAAGAUAUAGACGAGUGUCAGCAGAGCAUCGGCACCCUGUGCGUCUUCGCCUGCGUCAACACGCCGGGGAGCUACCAGUGCGCCUGCCCCGAGAACGGCUACACCAUGACUGCCAACGGGCUGUCCUGCAAAG